AACAGUGGUAAAAGUUAACUCAAAGCAGAUGAUCGUAAAAGAGAGCGCGCAAACAGCUCCGACGGUUUCUUGAAUGGUCAGCACAGAUGUGAUGAUGGAUGCAGUAGAGUCAGACAGAAGGGUUUCUCCUCUGAAGAACUUUUUGGCUGGAGGGGUCGGUGGUGUCUGUCUCUUAUUCGCUGGACACCCGCUGGACACUAUCAAGGUCCGUCUGCAAACACAGGAAUGUGCUGUCUACAGAGGAACAUAUGACUGCUUACGAAAGACGGUGUCCAAAGAGGGAAUAUUUGGCCUGUAUAAAGGGAUGGGUGUCCCGCUAGCCGGGGUUACCCCAAUGAUGGCUUUGAAUUUCUUUGGCUUUGGGCUGGGAAAGGAGCUUCUGCAAAGUGACCCCACCGUACCAAUCACGAACACGCAGAUCUACUUGGCAGGGAUGCUGGCAGGAGUAUUCACCACUGUGAUCGUGGCCCCGGGCGAGAGAAUCAAGUGUUUACUUCAGAUCCAGUCCUCGGCCAGUCAGCUUAAGUACACUGGACCAGUGGAUUGUGCACUAAAACUUUAUAAGGAACAGGGAAUUCGCAGUGUCUACAAGGGCACUGUUCUUACCCUAAUCAGAGAUGUGCCUUCAAAUGGUGUAUACUUUCUAACAUAUGAAUACUUAAAAAAGUUUCUGACCCCAGAAGGAGAGUGUGUUCAUCACCUCAGCACAUCCAGAGUUCUUCUUGCAGGUGGGAUUGCUGGCAUGUUAAACUGGCUGAUUGCUCUGCCUGCAGAUGUGCUUAAAUCAAACUACCAAACAGCCACUGACAAGCGUUACCGGGGUUUGAGAGAUGUGUUAAAAACACUGUUACGGGAGGAAGGAGCCCAUGCUCUCUACAAAGGCUUGAGUGCAGUCAUGUUACGAGCAUUUCCUGCUAAUGCGGCUUGUUUUCUAGGCUUUGAGGUUGCACUAAAGUGCUUAAACUACAUUGCUCCAGACUGGUGAUUUCACACUUACCGAUGAGGGCUACUACACAACUGAUAUUUAAAUACUUUUAUAUAUAUAUAUA